AUGCCCACUGAAAGCGACUCCAAGGCGUCGAGUGAAGUCUCAGAACUCUCGUCCAAGGGUUGCCUGGCGAGGUGUGGUAUCACGCUUCCGUUAUUGAAGAGGAAAAGAGUUAGCAGCCCUUUACCAAGCCGAAGGAAGCCUACGCAACAAUUUGAGCCAAAAGUCAUAGACGUGGCGGAGGAUUACUCGGCAGAAGUAAAUGAUCUCUUUGACGCAGCACUUGGAGAUAUAGCAGCACUUCAAAAGUACAGUAAAGAACAUGAUGAGCUACUACGUGAGGAAGACGAAGAAAUGCUUGCGGAUCGCGACUCGAGGCUCGAGAACCACUUCCAGAUCCCCAGGGAUGAUCUGGGACGAGCAGGGAUGCCGCUUGUAUCGUACGAGCCUUACGAGAAUAUGAAAGGAAGGUAG